AAGGCGUGUAUUUUUUACUUUAUUUCGCUAACCAUGUGAUUUCUCUCCCCCUCAGGAGACGCCAUGCUGAAGCACGCAAGCCCCCAGAGGUCCACCUCGAGCCUUGCCCAGCACCUGAGCGCCUCCGCCACGGUCCCGCGGGCGUCCGAGGCCAGUCGCGUGCCGGCCGUGACCGAGGCCUCCGACCGCUGCGGCGUCGCGGCCCUCAGAGACUCCUACAGCGAGAGAAGCGUAGACUGCGACAGCCUGAUCGUGCCGUCGUCGUACGCGCAGGCCGAGAAGGACGUCGGCUACCAGGUGGGCACGUGGUCGGGCGUGUCGCAGGCCAACGUGCGCCGCGGCCUGUCGUUCAGCUCCCGACGGGCGCCCGACACGCUCUCCUUCCGCUCGGUGCGCAGCGAGGGCCCGCCGGCCUCGCCCGAGCACACGCCGCCCUCCAAGAUGCCCACCACCAGCUCCAGUAUGAUGAACGUGUCCGUCCUCAAGGACAGCGACGUGACGGACACGCCCAAGGGUGGGAUGCAGUGCCUCAAGGGCGACAUGUCGAGCCUCAAGAACCUCCUUCGCCUGCCCGGCGUCCGAGGCCAAGCCAAAAUCAUGGAGGUGGGAAAGGCAGCGACUCUCAGCCCGGACAGCCUCAGCCUCAACUCCUCCGACAGCUUCUUCUCGGCCAACAACAGCGGCCGGACCUCCUCCAGAAGCUGGUCCUCCAACGCUUCCUCCAACUCCAACACCACCAACUCCUCGACGGGCUCCAACAACUCCGCCUCCGAACCGGCAUCGACGACCAUCAAGGUGUUCGCCAAGUGCCUCCGCUCCGACAUCGAGUACAAGACGAUCUCGGUGAGUUCGAGGGCCACCUGCCGAGAAGUCGUGAGUCUCCUGCUCUCCAAGUACCGCAUGCGGCACCGCGACCCGAACCUCUUCUAUCUCACCAUGGAAGUCACCGUCAGGAGGUGGUCCGGUGCUCCUGUGAGGUCCCUGCUGGUGCUGGAGGAGAACGCCCGCCCAGCACAGCUCGCCCUCUGUAGGCCGCCGGGAGAUUCGAGGUUCGCCCUCCAGAUGCGUCGAGGGGGAGUCAUCAAGGUGCAUGACACGGUCCUCAUGCCGGGGUCCCAGUACAAGUCCCUCCUGGUGUCGGACCGAACCACGUCCGAGGAGGUGGUGCAGCUCCUCCUCAACUGCUACAACAGGCGGGAGAACAAAUACUUCUACGCUCUGCAUGAGGUGCGUCGCAGCCCCGAGUACAGCGACAGGAUCUUGCUGCCCGACGAGCGCCCCCUGGAAGCCAAGAGCCUGUGGCCGCGGGACCGCCAGGCGGAGUACGUCUUUGUCCUUCGGAGGAACAUGGCCCAAGCGCUCUCCCUCAGACGGCUCUCUCUGAGGACCAGCGACCCCAAGAGGCCCCCUCCCCCCUCCGAGGCCCCCGCCAGCGAGAGGCCCGCGGCUUGCGCCAGCGCGCCCCCUCCUGCAGUCGCCGCGCCGGCCGACGUCAGGCCACCCCAGCCGCCGUCUCAGGUCGCGAAGGAGACGCCGGACGCGCCCUUCAUGAUCGAGGACGCUGUCAUAGACUGCACGGAUGUCACUCCGAAGAUGACCACCCUCAGCAGGAUGGCUUCCUCGACGUCCAACCGCAUCGUCUCUCCUUCCUCGUCCUCCUCCUCUUCCUCCUCUCCUCCUCUUCCCCGCCACUAACGGCGCUCCCUUCCCUUCUGCUUCGUGCACCGCCUUAU